AUGAGGCGCUGCUGUGCUGCUUACGAGGCUGCACCAGCGCAGCCUUUCCUUCCUAAAUACUCCAUUCCACGCGCGUCAUGUGCGUUUAAGUAACCGAGGCUCGCGCAACAAAAGAAUCUCGUGUUUUUGUGUUUAUUCAUCUAACGUGAGUUUUUGUGCCGGCUCUGCACGGCCCGGCCUGGCCUGCGCACUACUAGUGCGCGUGCAGAAGGGAAGCCAAUAGCGCAGGCUAAUGGUAGCGCGGCUUACUGGCCGUCAAGUUCGUCCGUGAACUUUGUAACAUUUGGGUGCCAUGUCCAGCCUCCAGCUGCUGCUCAGGAACAGCAGGGGAGCGGGCUCGUGGUUCGGUCGCAGCGGCGCCGGCGCACUUUCAGGAGUUCUGUCGGUCGCGCGGCGCUCCAUCAUAGAUCUGUCCUACUCCACGCACUUCAUGGAUUUUAACGGAUCGUCGAUACCGAGCAGCAUGAAAAAGCUGGUCGUCACUAAGCUCAGUCCCGAUUUCAGAAGCGCCGUUUCUGUGCAAACCGUCGCGAUUCCGACUCCCGCAGACUCGGAGCUGCUCGUCAGGAAUCGUUUUGUGGGAAUCAACGCCAGCGAUAUUAACUACUCCGCAGGCCGCUAUGACCCCUCACUGAAGCCUCCCUUCGACGCCGGUUUCGAGGGUAUCGGCGAGGUUGUCGGCCUCGGCCUCAGCGCCAGCUCCCGUUACACCAUUGGGGACACUGUGGCCUAUUUUGGCAGUGGUGCCUUUGCCGAGUACACGGUGGUGCCUGCCAAGGUAAGUGUCCCUGUGCCUGCAGUGAAGCCAGAGUUCCUCACCCUGCUGGUUAGCGGUGCCACAGCCUACAUCGCCCUGAAACGUCUGGGCGACCUAGCCGAAGGUGAGACGGUCCUGGUCACAGCGGCAGCAGGAGGGACCGGACAGUUCGCCGUGCAGUUUGCAAAACAGGCCGGUUGCCAUGUGAUCGGGACCUAUUCGUCCAACGAGAAAGCCGGCUUCCUCAAGUCCCUCGGCUGCAACAGGCCAGUCAACUAUACCACAGAGGACCUGGCCAAGACGCUUAGGAAAGAGUACCCAAAAGGCAUCAAUGUGGUGUACGAGUCAGUCGGAGGAAGCGUUUUAGAAACGGCGGUGAACAGUUUGGCCAAUAAAGGCCGGCUGAUAGUAAUCGGCUUCAUCUCUGGGUACCAGACACCAUCAGGGAUUCCGCCUUUUAAAGGAGGAACACUACCGGUCAAGCUGCUUCAGAAGUCGGCCAGCAUGCGAGGUUUCUUCCUGCCCCACUUCUUAAGCGACUACACAGAGGCUCUGAGUAGUAUGAUACAGAUGUUUGCCAAAGGGAAGCUAGUGUGUGAGGUGGAUUAUGGGGAGCUGGCACCAGGGGGGAAAUUUGUAGGUCUGGAGUCCAUCUAUCGGGCCAUGGACUACAUGUAUGCUGGGAAAAACCUAGGCAAAGUGGUGGUGGAAGUGGCUCCGCCCUCUGUCAGUAACAGUAAGCUGUGAUUUCAUAGAUAAGUGACCUCAAAUGAUAGUGUAUAAAAAUGCAAAACUGUGAAUCUGAGUGUUAUUAUUUUUGUAAAAUGACUGAUGUGGAAUUAAAGAUAAACCUUGAUGGUGCGUUGGUGAAUAAAGGAAUUAGCAACUUAAUAUUGAUUCUAUAUCUUAUUUUGAAAAUUUGUGCAAUAAAAAUAAAACUAUUUAAUUACUA